AUCGAUUAAGAAAUCCUACACGACACACGUACACAGCAGUACAUACAAACUGUAAAUACACAAUUUAUUAUUUGUUUCUAUUAAAAGUAUAAUUAUCGGUAAAAAUUUUAGGAAAUGUGUUCGUGUUUGUUAAUUUUUUUGAAAUGUGUGACUGAUUAGGAAGGAAAAUUGGUUGAAAUAUCUACAUAUCGUGUAGCCAAAUAUGUACAGUACAACUGAUUUUUUGUGUUAUAUGUAAAUAGAUACCAAAAUAAGUUUGUUCAAGCAACUUUUUGUGGAUAAAUAUACAUAUGUAUGUAUGUAUUCAUAUAACUCUAUAAACACAAAAAGUACAAAAUCCACAUGGAUAACCACCCAGAAAAGAAGUGGGAAUGUUCCAAGUGUUCAAAAAGAUUCAAAACUCGUACCGAAUUGAACAGACACCUGGCCACGCACGAUCCCAAUGCAAGGGUCAAAUGCAAGAUUUGCGGCAAACUUACAAAAAGCCUAGCUUCCCACAUGUGGGGGCUUCACAGCAACCGGGAGCGACCAAUGUGUGACACGUGUCACCGGGUGUUUGCCACCUUUCCAUCGUUACGGCAACAUAUUGACACCGUCCACAGCACGAAGGAUCGGCCUCGUUUUCCAUGCACGUUUCCCGGCUGCGAAAAAUCCUAUCUGUUCAAAAAUGACGUUUCCAAACACGUGCGAGCUGAACACGCCGAGAAUCCGGUCCGAUUUCCGUGCUCCCUUUGCGGAAAGGAAUUUAAAUCCAGGGGAGAUCUUGAGCAUCACAUUCCCACCCACACGACGGAGAAGCCGUACAAUUGCGCCACCUAUGGGAAGGGUUUCGUUAAAAAGGGAAAGAUGAAACGUCACGAGAAUACGCAUUUGGAAAUAUUUACCCGAGCCGUGUCGCAUUGUCAUAUCUGUCUUCAGACCUUCUUAGGUAGAAAUGGUCUACAAAACCACAUCCGAUUUGUGCAUGAAAAUCGGAGGGAUUAUCCGUGCACAUUUUGUGACAAGAGAUGCUCAACUUCAUCAAACCUGAGGCGGCACGUGGAGUCGAGGCACGCGAAAAAGGAGGAUCCGAUCUACUCCUGCGACAAGUGCGAGUACACGACCCACGUGAAAAGCAAUUUGGUCAUGCACGCAAGACGGCAUAGCACUGCGAAUCAUGAAUGCUACUUCUGUCGGAGGAAAUUUGACGCUUUUCAAUAUUUGAUCCGCACAAAAAGGUUCGAUUUCUGCAAGCAAAUAAUUAUAUUAAAAAAUAUUUAAUAAAAAUAUUUAUUUAGAUGCAAUGGCCAAAUGGAGGACGGCUAAAUUGAACUUAUAAAUUUGAUAUUUUCAUGCUAUUUCUGAAUUUGUAUAAACCCAAAAAACGAUAAUUUUUUGAAAAUUAAAAGUUAUUUAGAAAUGAA